GACUCGGCGCCGAGAGUCAGUCAACCCGGUGACGGCUUGCUGGCGGUUGUUCUCUUCCAAGCGAGGUCCUCGGCGUCCACGAGCUCGAGUGAAGACGGCGAAGGCGCGUUCGCGUGUGUGCGUGCGCCAGAUAACAACGUGCGUCGACUGUUGAAGCUGACGAGCGACAUAUUUAUCGGUGAUCUCCGAGUCCGGACUCGUUUGUCGCGCGCGAAAGAACGCGUCGGAGCAGACGGAGGAACGAACGGCAGGACGAACAGACGCUCGCCGCGAAAAUGCGAAAAGCCCGCGAUGCGCGCGAUCGACAGGUGACACGUUCCCGCUGAAAGAGUCCGUCCCGCUCGCCGUUCACCAAGUGUGCACUUCGUUGCAAGACACGAUGGGUCGCCAACGAACGCGCCCCUGAACGCGCGAGGUAUCGAGAGAUCGUCCCCGUGAGCAACGAUCGUUUGACGCGAUCGAUACGUCGGAUCGGCGCGCGUGAUCCGUCGUGUGUGACGUCCCGAGGGAAUCUCCGAGGCUCUCCGAGUAGGAUGAGACCAGGAAGCGCGCGUGAUCCCCGAGUGAAGAUCGAUCUAGGCCGAUAAUCGAGUUGCCUUCCUCGCACCGAAGGCUACGAAGGUGCAACGGCGGAAGCGUCUCUCCUACGGAUUACACGGAACCUUCGAGUACGCUUACUCACGGUGAAUCGGAGCAGUAGUCAUCCGCAAGUACCGCUCUCGACGCGUUUGCCGUCUCCACCAGCGAAGCGAUUCUGGAGCAAUCCGACGGUGAAAGGAGUUCGAACGGAGACUUGACGGACGGCACUGCCGCGUCGCCUGUCGUCGAGAGGCACGUAUCCACGGGCGAUCCUGAAGAAACUCUUCCAUUCGCUGGUGACCCGAGCUGCCGGAGCUCGGCAAGACCUACAGACAACUCUUCGAGUAGCAAACUACAACCGGUAUAUUCGUGAUGGAGGACGAACUACGUUGCCCCUGCUGCAAGGAGCUGUUCGUAGAGCCGGUGUUGCUGCCGUGCUGGCACGCGUUGUGCCUGUCGUGCGCGGUGAACCUGCAGGCGCCGCCGGACUCACCGCCGGAGUCGACCGCCGACUCGUCCAACGCGCCCGGCUCCGACCAGGAAGCCGACAAACUGUCGAUCUUGUCGGAGACCGACUCUGGCGUGGUGUGCAGCAGCACGUCCACCAGCUCAAGGCCGGGCAGCUACGUCGGCACCCCGGGCAACGGCGGUUUCCCGCCGUCUGGCGGCACCCUCUGUCUCUCGUGCCCCGUCUGCCAGAAGACGGUCUACUUCGACGAGGGCGGUGCCCACAAUCUGCCCAAGUACCGGGCGAUGCAACACAUCGUCGACAAGUAUCAGGAGUCGCGCAACACGCGGAUGCAAUGCCAGAUGUGCGAGGGAGAACCGCGCGACGCGACCGUCGCGUGCGAGCAGUGCGAGGUUUUAUACUGCGACGCAUGCAGGGAGUCCUGUCAUCCGAAGAGAGGUCCAUUGGCGGCCCACAAUCUGGGCCCGCCGAGAGGCAGCUGGCAAUCGAGCGGGAGCAAGGGAUCCCGUGGUUUGGGCCCUGAAGGCACGCCGGUAUGCAACGACCACAAUGGCGAAGCGGUGACUCUUUAUUGCGCUUUGUGCAAAAUCGCGAUAUGCGCCCUGUGUCUUCGUGAUCGUCACGCCGCGCAUCCACACGACGUUCUGCCGUUGGCCGCCGCCUGCAAAGCUCAAAAAACGGAGCUGUCGCAGAAUCUGCAGCAGCUGUCGGAGAGGGCCCGCUCGACGACGGAGUUCAUUCAAAGGCUCAAAGGAAUGACGGAUAAAGUGCACGAGGAGUGCGUGGCGCUUGAAGAGGAAGUCGAGGAUCGAGUGGCGAAUCUGGUGAGCCUGCUGCAGGCGAGAAAGUCGCGGCUAAUCGAGGCCGCUCGACAGACCAGGGAGGCCAGGGUGCGCUCGUUGCGGGAUCAGGUGGCGAGAUGCGCGACGCACCUGCAGGCGACCACCGCGCUACUGACCUUCUGCAUCGAGGCGCUGAAGGAGACCGACAGCGCGGCCUUUCUACAAAUCGGUGGCAUGCUAUCGGUCCGGGCAGCCACUGCCGCCGGUUCCUGGGGUGGCGCCGAGGGGGUGCAGGAGAUCGCCCGUCUGCCGUUAUUGGACCUCACCUUGGACGACAAGCCGCUGCGUCGCGCCAUCGAUCAGCUGACCUUCGUCCAGCUCAAACCGUCAGAAGGGGAGGAACGAUUUCCGAUAGCAGCACCCGGAGCGCCUCUGUUGAUCCCCGAGGAGUGUAGUGCCGAGAAUAACAGCGUCACCGUCGCCUGGCAGCCGCCACCUGGACACGGAAUUAUGGGCUGCGCCGGACAGAGGGGUCCCGCCAUCGAAGGAUACCUCUUAGAGCUGGAUGACGGCUGCGGCGGGGAAUUCAGGGAGGUGUACUGCGGCCGUGAGACGAUCUGUACGGUGGACGGGCUGCACUUCAACUCGCUCUACAACGCCAGGGUGCGGGCGUUCAACAGCGCGGGCGAGGGCGAGUACUCGGAGCUGAUCGGCCUGCAGACCGCGGAGGUGGCGUGGUUCUCGUGGGCGACCGGGGCAGCCGGCAUACCGCAGGAGGUGUCCAUAUCCGAGGACGCGAUGAGCGCGUCCUGCGAGGGCUACGAGCAUCGCGUGGUCCUCUCGAGUGUCGGCUUUUCGCGGGGUGUGCACUAUUGGGAGCUGACCAUCGAUCGAUACCACAGUGACACCGAUCCGGCCUUCGGUAUCGCUCGGGCCGACGUGUCGCGCGAUCAGAUGCUGGGUAAGGACGAUAAGGGAUGGAGCAUGUACAUAGACCGACAACGCUCGUGGUUCAUGCACGGUGGCGGUCACGCGCAAAGGACGGACGGUGGCGUUCAGCAAGGCUCGACUGUCGGCGUGCUCCUCGACCUCGAUACCACGCACACGCUACGCUUCUUCGUCAACGAUCAGCCGCAGGGUGGUAUUGCCUUCCGCGAUCUCUACGGCGUCUUUUACCCGGCGGUCAGCCUGAACCGCGGCGUCACGGUGACCCUCCACACCGCCUUGGACGUGCCGCGUCACCUGCUGGCACUUCACGAAGAAUACGUUAGCGACAUCGUUCAGAGCUAGGGGUACCUUAACGUCCUCAAGAAAGGUCUGUCGCAGGAGAUUGGCGCGCCCUUAGGCUCGGUGUACGUCGACCGGUGCAGGGACUUCGAGUCUGUGGGUCAGUUAUUGGAGAGGAUCGUCGAGGAAAGUCCGGUUGACGUUAACUAAUCGACAGAUCGUUCGCGCAAGGCCGACGAUCGAUUGUAGUCUCGGCUUUCUACGACAUUUCUUGGUCUCACGUCGCCGAGAUCUCCCACAAUCAGUCUAAAACGUCUAACGAUCCGAAUGGAAACGUUUUUCGAUCCUAUCGCGAGAUUGCGCGGCAAAAAGGAAAUAGUUCAGUGUUCAGUUUCCUCGGGGACAACGAUAUAUGUUAUGCGUAUAUAUGUACGUUAGAUUUACCUCAAAUACGUGCACUCGCAUCGCCCAUGUUGAAAGGAAAAUAUUCAUUGCGAAUACCCGCGAUCUUCUGCAGUUGAGGAGGGUAUUUUCCGGCGGGAUGGGAAAAUGUUGCUCGUAAACUCUCGGCCAGCGUAAUCGCGAGAGUUAAAUGAGGACUGGUCUAACUUUUUAUUCACGACUCGAGAAUUUGUUGUCCCCGAGGAUGUUAAUCUGGACGAAAUUCGUUCCGUGUUGUACUCGCUUGAAUAUAAACGGAUUCCACGAGAGGAAUAACGAUUCAACAGGUCCAGAAACUUGGGCGAGAAGAGGUUUCCGAGGGAGGCGUAAACCGUUGACCUUUUCGGAUCCGCCUUGUUCAAGAAACUGAAACUUAGAAUCGAGACUGCAGUUGAAAUCGGAAUCACUUUCUCGAUUUCACCCGCGCGAUCGAGAAUCGCGCUGAACGGAGAACAUCGACAAUAUCGAUCUCGAGUCGCGAACAGCCAAACGAAAGAAAAGAAAAUACAGGACAUAUUUUAAGAUUACUCAAUUGUACCGAAGAAAGAAAGAGAGUAAGCAAACAAGCAAGCAAGAAAAAAAGAAAGAAAGAAAGACUACUUUAUUCCGGAGAAUCAAUGAGACUGAAAUAUAUCAUUCACGCACACGUCGCGCGAUCCACGAAUAAUAUCUUACGUUAAGAUAAAAGAGAUACCAACAUAAAAAGAUCCCUCCGACACGCAGCAAAUCAGUCCAUUUUUUACUUAGGCCGUACUCCACGAGGGCAGAGCAAAGAAGAUAUUUUUUCCUAAUGCUCCUAAAGUACAUUUCUUUAUCUCAAUUGAUUGUCUCGACGAAAGAGCUAACGCGCUUCGGAGGGCCGUGUCACACACGUCGGUUUAACUAACUUCAACUCCUCGUCUACACUGUAGCCGAUGUCGUACGAUCUAAAAAGAUGUGCAUUCGUUGGCCAAAUUAACAGAUACUCAACCGAUGACGGCCCUCGGAAACAAGGAGACGUCCAUUAGCAAAUAGCCAAGUGUCGUCGCCGACGAACUUUGUUGAGAAUCGUGUGACAGGAGACGCGAUCGAUCGGUCGAUCCUGUGAGAAGAGUCGCCCCGAAUAAAGCGUAUCUCAAAUUGCGGAAUUUACCGGUUGAUAGAGGGAGAAGAACUUGAGCGACGUAUCGUUCGCUCUCCGGUAGUCUCUCUCGAUACUUUGGUUAGGGAACGGCAGUUCUUAGGAUUUCUUACUCUGGGGAGUGGAGUCGAGACGGUGCGCGAAGAGAGCACCUCGAGGGCCGGCACAGAGGCCAUCGAGAAGGACCUCGAGUACCUUUUUCCGUAGCGUGCGCCAGGUAGACGAUAAAGAAGCUCGAUGGUUGCGCUCCCACCGUGCGGUGUCUGUCGUGCCCUUUCGUUUUUUUUUUUUGUCGAUCGCGUAAUUAACUCUUUCAGCACUUGCCGUCGUAUACAUGAGGGACGCUCGCGACGAUUUAUCGAUGGCGAGGUAUCGUUGGCUUCGUUAGCUGUUGAUAUACGCGUCAUUGUUGAGGGCACUUUGUACAUGUAAGAAAAAAGUUUGGAUUAAUCGAAUAUCUGGUGAAAUACGAGAGCAAAUAUCUAGAAUUUUUGUUGAAAAGUUUCAUCAGAAUUCUGUUCAAAUCAACAAGAUUUUUAGUUAACCAGAACUUACGACUGUGUCGAACUGCUGAACAGUUUUGCAAGUUAAGACUCCUGGAUACUUGAGUCGUCCUUCUUUUUUUUAUGACGUCAGAAGCAAGAAAACGUAUGCUAAAAAUUCUUGCGAAAUACGUCGAGAUAAAAAGAUAUAUCCACAGAAUGAUACUUGCAAUCGAUUAAGCACACCUCUAAAAUAUUUCGAACGCUUUUCUUUUGCUCUAACAAUCAAUAAAUAACCAUAAAAUUAAUGUGACAACUGUAUUUUUUAACCUAAUUUCCUCGUUAGUCUGUCAUAUUUAUUUUACGAUUAUUUAUGUUAUAUUAUGUCAAAUCUGAUUUGGUUAAUUAGAAUCUUGUUGACUUGAACAGAAUUCUAGUUAUUUCAAACGGAAUUCUGAUUCCUCCAUAUUUUUCACCACCAUUUUUCACAGAUAUUCGAUUAAUCCAACUAAACUUUUUUUCCGUGUACAUUCACGAUAUUAAUGACUACGUCGGCAUGAUAUAACCUUCCUGUAUUUUACAAAAUAAUUGAGCAAUUUUUCGAUGGGAAGAUAGUAUACUGCCUAAAGAUGUACUUUCUGUUUUACAAUGAACAUAAAAUUUAUUUCUCCGGUUAACACAUUUCUCUCGUUCACCGAGCUGAAGCGAACGGAGUGCAGGACUCGGUAUUUCGUGGACUUCCAUGUACUUCCGUGUUUAAGCCGGUGCUGAAACAGUUAAUGGCCGGACGAGGUCGCGAGCAUUGAGUUCCCCGAUCGAACGCUGACGAGGUCGACGCGAUCGACGACGACGACGACGAGGUGGCGGAGGAUCGGCCACGAAGGCCGAUAAUUAUCCAGCCGGCGAAGAAUCGGAAUUCUGUCCAGGACAGAGCUGACCGGACGAUUCUUCGUUCGGUUUGCGCGAUCGACAGAUCGCUCGAUCGUCCACCCAUUAUCCAUAUCGACACACGUAUAAGUGUAAUCGCAUAGGCGUUAAGCUCUAUUAAAGCGUAUAGAACAGUAAGGCGUAUAAAACAGUGCUGCCGCGGCUUUAGUGUACAAUAACGAAUCGAGUAUACGUUUUCUAGUCUUUGAUAGAGACCCGAUCGAACCCAUCUCACCCGUCUGUUUAUCCUUCCUCGUACCCCGAAAUCCCGCUGUUUCUUUCUUUUUUUUACGACUUUGUAUCUUGACAGUCAGGAGAACAACAGGACGUUUGGUCCCUGAUCGCGCCCGUAGACGCGAAUUCUCCGUUAUAUUCCGACGUAACGAUAAGCCGGAAGCGUCGUCCUGCAACGGACGUCGCGUUGUUUGCAACAAGCGCGCACCCCUUCCGGCGCCGUGUACAUAAUUGUACAUAUACGUAUGACUAUCGAUUGUAACGCCGAUGAAUUUGCCGAUUGUACCAUUUACGACUGUAUCGGAUCAAUAAAACGCAACGAAAACGCC